UAUCAGUUGUGGAUUGGUUCUGCUUCUAGUUUUGUUUUUAAAGAUAGGAAGAUAGCAUCCCAUCUUCUAUACUCAAUGUCCUUGAAGAUGGUGAAGAAUCACCAGGCUGAAUCGUAGGAUAACAGAAUUGUCAUAACGGGAGAGGUUGGCAAGACUGGGCCUGGAGUUCAGAAGAAUUGAAGUGUACCUAUAGAGUGAUAGAGAUAAACAACAUGGAAACAGACCUUUUAGCCCACUGAGUCUGAGCCAUCCAUCAACCAACUAUUCCUGCUGAUCCUCCAUUAAUCCCACUUCAAAUCUUACCACAUUCUCAUCUAUUCUCCACAUAUUCUACCUCACCCACAUAUUCAAUGCAAUUUUCUGUGGCCAAUUAGUAACCUGCAUGUCUUUGGAAUGUGGAGCGUUAUCAGCAUUCGCAGGGAGCACACGGUGGCAGGACGAUUGCGUAGCGGUAGAGUUGCUGCCUUCCAGCUCCAGAGACCCGGGUUCGAUCCUGACUACGGGCACUGAUGUAUGGAGUUUGUAUAUUUUCCCCGUGACCUGUGUGGGUUUUCUCCGGGAUCUCCAGUCCCCCCCCCACACUCCAAAGACGUACAUGCUAAUUAGCUUGGUAAAAUUGUAAAUUAGAACCCGGUAAUUUACCGAACCCGGUAAUUUACCCGGUAAAUUAGACCCGGGUUCGAUCCCGAUUAUGGGUGCUGUCUGUAUGGAGAUUGGACUUUGGUCUGCGCGGGUUUUGCGACAUUCAGUAAGUUCACAAACCACUAGGAAGAAAAUUGAAGGAGCGUGUGGCUGUGUGAAAUGCGCGCACUGAGCAAUUAAGGUCUUUUUUCUCUCUCAAGGCGUGGGCAAAGUUCUUAGCUUUGCUCUAAGAUCUUUGGGCGCCAGAGGUGGGACCAACGCCUCCGCGCUCCGAGGGGCUUUCCCGCUUUCCUCUGCCAGGGUUUAAACCCGCUGCGUUUCCGCGAACAGAUGCAGCGAGCUCUCGACUCCAGCCUGUCCCGGGACCAGCUCACCGCAGCGCCGCCGAGAUGACCUUCGUGAGGUGGUUCUUCAGCUUGGCUAUUGCCCCUUUCGUUUAUGCAAGUGCAGAGGCCAGUGCAUCUGAAUAUACCUAUCAACAUGAAGGUCGAAUCUGUCGCCGCUGUCCUCCAGGGUUGUACAUGAAGACACGUUGCACGAGAAGCCACGAUACAAUUUGUGCACCAUGCUCAGCAAACCAUUAUACGCAGUACUGGAACUAUGUACAGAAGUGCCAAUAUUGCAAUAAUUUCUGCCAAGAAAAUCAAUACGUUAAGUCUGAAUGCAACCAAUUCCACAACAGAGUGUGCGAAUGUAAGGACGGAUACUUCUGGAAAUAUGAAUUUUGUAUGAAGCAUAAAGAAUGUCCCCAGGGAUUCGGAGUUACAGCUCCAGGUACUCCACAAGAAGAUACAGUUUGUACAAAGUGUCGUCCUGGUUUCUUCUCCUCCGUGAGUUCUGCCACGAUGCAAUGUAAGAGGCACACCAACUGCACCAAGCUGGGCUUGGAACUGGAUAUAGUUGGCACCACGUGGCACGACAACUUGUGCAGCCCCUGCCAGCCCUCUAGCACUAAAGAGGGUAUUUCAGAGUGCGAAGAAGCCCUGUUUAAUUUUGUCGAUCGACAAAAUAUCAGGCAAAAGAAAAUGUUGCAACUUGGAAAAGCAUUAACCAUCUUGACUGAAGAUGAUGUGGUACAAAUAAAGAAUGGCAAGCAACAGACUAGGCUGCUACUUAACGUCGGGAAGAUGAAGAGGGAUGUGAGCAUUACUGCAGAAGACUUCGUGAAAGCUCUGAGAGAAGUUAAGCUAAAAAAAAUUGCAAAAAAAGUGAUUCAUAAGUUCCUCAAAAAAACCGAUGAACUCACGGACAGGUGUGGUGAGGCAAAAAAAUGACAGGAUAGUAGUAGAAGGGAAAUAGAGAAUGAAUUGUUUAAAAAUGUCGAUAUCUUUCAAAGUCGUCCUUGUUUUACUUUCCCCAACACCUUAGACUAGGCGACCAUUUCAUCGAACACUUGUGCUCCAUCUGCCAAGUCAUGCUGAAACUCCUGGUUGCUCGCCAUUUUAACUCCCCUUCCUAUUCCCAUAUUGACCUUUCUUUCCUUGGCCUCCUCCAUUAUCAGAGUGAGGCCACACCAAAACGGGAGGAACAGCGUGUCAUAUUCCACUUCCAUACCUCACAAGCCAACAGUAUUAACAUUGAGUUCUCCAAUUUUAAGUAACACCCCAGUCACCCUGCUCCUUUCCCCUCCUUUGUGCUCUCGUCGCUGAUCCCCGAGCCCAUUUAAUUAACUUAAGCAGAGGGCAAAAAUAUCACUACAGUGCAAUUGGCUGUUCAGUCCAGGAAACCACCAAAUAGAAUAAUAUAUGACGUCCAAUUCUAUUGGACAGAGCAUCUUUAUUUUUUACAGUCUUACUUUUAAACAGUAUCAGUUAGGAUAUAGAAAAUUACAUUUUUCGAGGGUUGAAUAGAAGAAUGUUACACAAUAGAUUUUCAUCAAAUUUGAAGACCAUUAUUGUAAACCAUUGAUCUGAUCUGAAAUAAAGUGACCAUAUAAAUAGCAAUGGCAAAUGCCCAGAUCAAUUUCAGGCAAUGUAAAGUAUUUACUAAUAUUCAUUUGAUUCUUAAAAAUUUGGUUUCUGUACAAAUCUGACAUUAGGUUUUUAUUGAGUAGACAUUAGGCUCCCAGUUGCUCAGGCAGUCACCCCAAGGAUAACAAUCAGGACUGAAGCAUAUCAUCCACAUGGCAUGUUCGUAUCCAAAGACCCACAGGUUUGCAGGUUAAUUGACUUGGUAUAAAUGUAAAGUUGUCCCGAGUGUGUGUAGGGUAGUGUUAAUGUGUGGGGAUUGCUGGUUGGUGUGGAUACGGUGGGCCAAAGGGCCUGUUUUGCACAGUAUAACUAAACUAAACUAAGCAUCGGUAGUGAUCGUCUGGCAAUUUCCAAUCCUAGUACUUCAGCGACAUUAUUUAGGCAGCCACAUCUGAUAUAAAUACAGAAUAAUUGCCUGAUCUACUAACAUUCGUGCACUACAAAAAGAUAGGUGCUGAUAUUUCCCACCUGCUUUAGAGUAAAGAGAAACAAAUUAUUAGUAAAUACAAACACAGUCAGAGGGCGUUCAAAGCUUCUCAGUAUUCACACCACUCAUACAUCCCACAGCUCCAAACUCCACCUAUCUUCACCAAUGUCUCUCCAUACUAUUCAUCCCUCCUUGGCUAAAUGAGUGAAUGACCAAUCUAUUCCUGCACUGGCAUUAUAGAAUGCAGAAGUGUUGAGAACACUCUCGACAAUGUAGGUUUAAGGUGAAGGGGAAAGAUUUAAUAAGAACCUGAGGGUAUCCUUUUCACAAAGAAAAUGGUGGUGGGUGUAUAGAAACGAACUGCCGGAGGAGGUAGUUGAGGCAGGGACUAUCCCAACAUUUAAGAAACAGACAGGUACAUGGAUAGGGCAGAUAUGGAGGGAUACGGGCCAAACAUGGGAAGAUGAAACUAGUGUAGCUGAGACAUGUGGCCCGGUGUAGGCAAGUUAGGCCGAAGGGCCUGUUUACACACUGUGUCAUUCUACGACUCUAAUAUUUGGUAUUUAUUACUCUGCCUUGAUUUUGCAUCUCCUUUGGUCCAUUUAAGAUUGAAAAUCUCAGCAGGGUCACAUUGAAGGUGAGGCUUGACUCACGCUUUCUCCACGAUCAUAUCCUUACAUUCAAAUAGUUGUGCAAAAUGAACAAAUAGAUAAUUUCUAUAAAUGGGCAGUUUGCUCAGAACAGCAACAAACCAGCUCAGAUCUAAGAUUGGAAGAAACAGUAUGUCAUGACCAUGGGAUGUACAGAUAUGUAGCACUAAAACUGAUUGCUUGAUUAUUAUCUCAUUACUGGACAUAAAUUGAUGACUGUGUUUCUUGCAUUAUAGCAGUAAGUAUACUGUAAAGAUUUGGCUGCAAGUUCUCUGGGGAUCCUGAAGUUGUGGGAGUUUGACAUUACUUCUUUUUUAGCUCUCUCGUUCAAUUUUAUGUGGUAUUUUAAAAAUAUGGUCCAUUUAGGGGUUUUUUGUUUAUAUAACUGAAUCUUUUUACUGCCAUUGUAUUACGAACAUGAAUUUAUGUAACUUUUUUAAAUUGAGAAGAAUUCAUUUUAUAUUUAAAGUAAACCCUCGUUAUUAACGAACCAUAGUAGCAGUGAUGGUGUCUGUUAUUACUGAUUAAAUAAAGGGGG